UUCCUUUCUUCUUAUGGAGUCGCCGGCCACUUCCGGUUUCAUGACGACGACGGUGUUGAUACAAAAAGAGAGGAGGAAAACAGGAAAAUACCUUUCUUGGCGAGAACAGUUGAAACUUAAUAUAACUAGCCAAGCUGUAUUAACGGAUUGCUGUGGGGGCGGCAUAACUAACGAUCGGCUUAAAGUUAGUGUGACUGGAUAACGCAUGAGCUGUGAACGAUCAUAGAUAUUUGGAGUUUAUUGUUCUUCGCGCCUGCUCCCUCCAGCUAACGUUCAGCUAUUUCUGUGCUGGCCUACGCUACUUAGCCAAGCUAGCUAACGUUAGCUACCGCUAGAUGCCAUCACGGUUGAUGCCCUCAGUUCUCAAUUUGACAGCGGUUAGAAAGGAAAGAGAACCACUGAUCUGUUUAAUUUGCAGCUGGGCUUUGCUAACCUCUUCUAACUUGGUGACAUUAGUUGGGCGAGAAUGGCAACCUCGGCUCUGUACGCCUGUACGAAGUGUAACCAGCGGUAUCCUUUCGAGGAGCUCUCGCAGGGCCAGCAGCUGUGCAAGGAGUGUCGCAUCGCACACCCGAUAGUAAAGUGUUCUUAUGUUGCUUGCUUUUUUGUUUACAGUAAAACCAAUACAAUCUGCAAAAAGUGUGCCCAGAAUGUCAAACAGUUUGGAACACCAAAACCCUGCCAGUACUGUAAUAUCAUUGCAGCAUUUAUUGGCACAAAAUGCCAGCGUUGCACUAACUCAGAAAAGAAAUAUGGACCUCCACAAACCUGUGAGCAGUGCAAACAGCAGUGCGCCUUUGACCGCAAGGAGGAAGGCAGGAGAAAGGUGGACGGGAAACUGCUGUGCUGGCUCUGUACUCUGUCCUACCGCCGUGUCCUGCAGAAGACCAAGGAGCAGAGGAAGGGCUUCAGCUCUUCCAACUCCUCAUCCCUAAACGAGAAAGACCACCACUCCAGAUCGCACCAUCAUCACCACCACCACCAACACAGGCACAGCAGUUCUCACCACAAACUGAGUGGGAGCUUGAGUCCUGAGCAGGAGCAGGGACUGUGGAAGCAGAGCCAUAAAUCGUCUUCAAUCCAAAAGGAGACUCCAAAGAAGAAACCAAAACUUGAGACAAAGCCAUCCAAUGGGGACAGUAGUUCCAUCACCCAGUCAAUGGACUCUGGAGGAACGGACAACUUCAUUCUCAUCAGCCAGCUAAAAGAGGAAGUGAUGUCACUGAAGAGACUUCUGCAGCAAAGGGAUCAGACGAUCCUGGAGAAGGACCGAAAGCUCACAGAGCUCAAAGCAGACUUUCAGUAUCAGGAAUCCAAUAUGAGAGUGAAAAUGAACCAAAUGGAGAAAGCGCACAAAGAAGCUAUGGAGCAUCAGCAGGCCAAGAACAGGGAGUUGAUGAAACAAGUGGCUGCCCUCUCAAAAGGAAAAAAGUUUGACCGUACAGGAAGUUCACUGCUGUUGCCCUAACAAUAGGCCAACCAGCAGGUGACAACACAGAGCGGCUUCAUUGUUAUAACACUGUGAAGGCCCCCCUCCUGUGUUUCCUCAUUGCCAUCAACAUUGAUUACUUAACUGGUAAAGCCAGACACCAUGUUGUACAUGGAAAUCAACUGUUGAGUCGAAGAAACCUUUUCUCUAAAUGUCAACAAAUUUUAGAUAUUUUAUGGCAACUUUUCCACUGGAUCAUGGGAUGCGUCUUUGGAUGGAGUGGAGGAUGGAGCCCUCACUUCUAACACUGCCGGGCCAAAACAAAAAGCAUGGUGUGCAUAUGUGGAUAGCAUCCUGUCGACUCAAUGUAUCCACUUGAAUUUUAUGGAUGUCAUGCAUUUUAUUUAUUCAGCUGUAUUUCUUAGCUUUUCUUUAUUUCCUCACAACAUACAGUACUAAUAUCCCACAUUUUGGGGUUUUCUUCAAUAGCAUUUAGUUUUAUUUUUAUAAAUGGAUGCGAUUGUGGAAGAUGAGUUCUCCUCAAUGGAGAACCUGUGCAACUUUACAUUGUAUGCAAACGUGGGAAGGGUGACCACUGAGCUGCUGCUCAAUAGUUGAACUUUGAGUUACAAUUCAUUCAGCAACCAAUGAACACUUUGAAAAGCUGUGUAACAGAGAAACACCUGGUGCCCUCUUUCUCACUGUGUGACAGCUGUAGUGCUUUGCUGUUUCUCUUCAGUGGAAGAACUGUAAUGAUGCAUGACUCUACUGCCAGACACAGGAUGGCAUUGUGGUCAGACUUUCCCCCCAAUUUUAAAUAGUUUUUUAAGAAUUACUUGUAAAUGUAUUACUGGGGUCCGCCAUUAUAUUUAAGCUAUUGCUUGUAUCUGUUUUAGUGAGUACAGUAUGUGUAUGGUAAGGCCAGUUAAAAUAAACAUCUGUAGAAGAUGCUUUUUAAAGGAACACACCUUUCACCUUGCAUUACUGGGCUGGUUUCAUACUGUGGUGUUCAGGAUCACUUUUGUACUUUUUUCCAAACCAAGUGUUUUAAAAUGAUUAAAACUGGCUAAACUGUUA